AAUAAAAUAAAAAAUAAAAAUAAUUAAUUAUUGAAUAAAAAUAACUUGAGAAAAUUUGUUGAAAUUGGACUUGAAAAAUCUGGAAAAAAAGUUGGCUGUGAGAGAUUACGUGAGGGAGGAGUCGUUGCCGGGUAUAUUGAAUCACCCGGUGCAGCAGGGAUUGCAUGGCGACAGGGACUACGAGCUUGAGGAGAAGGAGCAGAGGACUGUGAUAACCUCUGCGGUGACGCCGGAGGACAUCGAAUUCUACGAAGAACUUGAGCUAAAACAGGAGAAAAUCUGGAAAAGAAGAAUUAAACAAAGGGAAAUCUUCCAAAAAGAACUAAACAAAAUUCAGACACAAAUUAACUCACAAAGCGAUUCACAAAGUGAUUCACAAAGUGAUUCAGGCGAUGAAUUGAAUUUAUCUGAGGGUAAAACUUUGGGAAAUUCGUACUUUACGGAGGAUAAAGUAAGUAAAACUUUGAAGGUAAAAAUAAGAGAAAAGUCCGGAGAACAUGUGAAAAAUAGUUUAAUCGAAGGCUACGAUGAUUAAGUCAAACUUUCUAUCCGCCAUUAAAAAAUAUGUCCCACUCAUCCCCUACGGUAUUAAAAAUAGUAAGAAUUACAAGGAGAGUAAGAGGCAGCAGCGUAUAUCGAUGGAGAGUAUGCGUAGGCAGCGGGAGUUGAAGGGGUUAAUAUUGGACAGUAGGAAGACGUUAAUGAUGAGUUUGAGGGAUAACACGGGCAUCAGCUGGGGUCGUUCAAAGCUAAUACUAAAACACUUGGAAACACACCACAGACAUCCAAGCACCGAUGAUAAAAAACUCAGACAAAAAAUUAAUGACAUCGUUAAUCUCAUUAAAAAUUAAU